AUGUGUUCGGAGACAACGUUGAGCGUGUUGCGGCAACUGCGCCAAAUAGUUGCGGACACAUGCAUUUCAAUGCAGUUCCUGCUCUCCACCGCACACGGACUCUUUCCAUACAAAUACGAUUCGGGCACACGACGUUUGACCGGCACAAAAUGGCUCAACUGUUAUUGGCCGCUGAUAAAUAUUGCAAUUGCGUUGACCACUCCUUACAUAUAUUUUCAAAGAUCACAAGCAAACCAAAUACAUUUUAUCUGCGACAAACCGUUGAAUACAGCGCUCGCCCACAUUCAUUAUGCGCUGGGAUUUUGCACUUUCUUUGUGAUUAUCAUAGCGAAUUCGUACCGGCGAAAGGAGCUCUUCAGACUGCAUAACGAUUUGGUGAAAAUGCAAUGGCGACAGCAGCGCUGGCAACAAAAGUGGACUGUGAAAUCGAAUAAUCAAAUCGAAGCAUUCUAUCACAAUGCGAUUAUAGCCAAAAGCUUAAUGGCACUACUGCAGGCGGUGUCUAACGUAAGCGGUAAACUGCGCAUCAAUUCGCAUCCGUCAUUAGGGUAUGGCUUACACAUCAUUUUCCUGUUCGCCUUGAAGAAUGUGACACUCUUGACUGUCGCCAAUUUUCAUUUUGCCAUACUCAAUAUCUGCCGGCAAUUGCAGCAGGUUAAUUGGAAUUUCCAAGAGGUGUUGCGGCUAUGGAACGAACGCGCCCCAACCAUAUCCAAUAUACCGAUUGAGCAUGUGACUGAUAUCGCUUUCGCUCCGUUGGCGGGAGAGUCAAAGCAAGUUAAUGGUCGUAGAAAUUUUGGUGUGAGCGCCAUAGCCGAUUUGUGUCAUCAAUAUGUGCAAAUUUGCCGAUUGGCCAAGCGAGUGUGCAAGCAUUACGAGUGGCAAGUGUUGCUAUUUCUCAUUAUUAUCUUAUUUGGCAAUGUCAUGUCGACAUUCUAUUUUCUGGUUUACCUGGGUGGCAAAGUGUUGCCCAAAGAGUUGUUCUCACCCACGCUCUACCUACAGAUCUACUUAAUUAAUAUAUUGGAUUUAUACUGUCACAUGGUUAUUUGUGAACGUUCUUUGGCGGCGUCCAAAGAGACUGGUUUCUUGUUAAAGGAAUUGUCUCAAUUGAAGAGCUUGCCGCAGACGCUUCAGCAUGAAUUUGAAAUGCUUAGCAUAUUCAUGGCAGGCGAAACUGUACGCUUUCGCUUCUGCGGCUUGUUGGAGUGGAAUUUUCGCACUGGCGCCAGCUAUAUGACAGCAACCAUUUUAUAUUUGAUUGUGUUAGUGCAGUUCGAUUACAAUAAUUUGUGA